AUGGGCCGUCGAAGCGACGACGCGCGGCGGACGCGGGUUAGAAGGCGUCGAGCGCCGGCGUCGUCCUUCGUGCGCGCGCACCGUCUCGUCGCCGUUCUCGCGCUCGUCGCCGCGCUCGGAUUCGUCGCGGUGCCGUCGUCGUGCGAAACCUCUGACGCGCGCGAUGGCGAAGGGAUCUCAUCUCUGUCCGCGUGGCUCGCGAAGUUCAAGUUUGAUCUCCCCAAGCAAACGUUUCGCGUGCCCUACGCCGGGAUCGACGUGGAAUUGGACGCAAUGACGUGCGUCAAUUUGACCGUGGGCGCUCUAGCAAGCGAGACGACAGCAACCGCAACCGUCGACGUGGGCGGUGGCGACGGUGAAGGAGAACUGCGCGCAACAUUGUCGGAUGUGAAAUUCAAUUGUGCGCUGCAGUGGAAGGUGACAGAUAGACUGGGAAAUCACGCGGUCGGCGACGCGGCCGCGACGGUGUCGCAGUCGAGCGCGCGAUUCUCGUUUGCGCUGGACGUGGACAAAGAACGAGCGCCGCCGCUACCGCGCGAGGUUAAGUUGAGCGAUUGUCAAGCGCAGUUACUGGUGACCGAUCUUUUGUUUACAGGAGGUCGGUUCGCGACGGUAUUGAAAACAGCUUCGCUUGCGAUUAGAACGGAAUUAGGAAGGACGCUCAGCGCUCUCACGUGCGCGUCGGCGACUAACGGUUUAGAGAAAUUUAGCGGAACGGCGAAAGGGCAGCGCUGGGAGGAUGGUCAACUCGCGCGAGACGAACGAGCUAUUGCGUCUCUGCUCAAGCCUGCGGCAUCAACGCCAUUUCCGACUUAUAACGCGACGGAUGGUAUUGUGAACUUGAGUGCGAGCCCACUCGUGCGAUGGGUUGAGUACAUGACCGAGUCGUAUAUCGGCGCGCAAGGUGUGAGAUCUGUGAGCGCAUUUGCGCGUUGGAUCGAAGCGCAGAAUGAGGAAAACAACGAGUACAACGCACGCGUCGUUCAAGUACCUCAGGUUUGGUUAUUUGAUUCGGAGACGCACUUGCCCAAGGUGAGCGUAUCACUCACAAAGGAUAUUUUGCGAGAAGUCGCGACGACGAUUGAAGGCGCGGCGUUCAUCGUAUAUGACAUCAAAGUUUUAGGUUUAGAAACAGCAAAGACGCUUCGAGGUCCGUCUGUGGUGACAUCGCCGACGGUUCCGAACGCGAGCAGUAUCGACACGCGGCUUAGUUUUACGAUUGGCUGGAAUCGCAUAUUGUUCAACGUUUCCGGCGUGUUGGAUAUUUUACCGACGAAUAUUCAACUCGAUCCAUGGAUCGAGCCUUUGAUCGUGAGCUUUGAACUUCGAGAUCCAGAGUUUGUCGUCGAAGUCGGACUUGCAGUGGAUGGAAAUGAGUUGAAGGAGUUGAAAGGGACGAGGCAGGCGAAUUUGGCGUGCGUUUCGCAAACCAUUCGGGACGCGCGCGUGCUCUCGCUCGACUGGACAGGGCGUGCGGGCUCCAUCAUCGUUAAUCCUUGGCGCCGCGAUCGCCCCGUGGAUGAAAGCGAUGACUCGCUUGAAGCAAGUCUGGAUGCGUUGAUUACGCAAACGUCACUGCUUAUCACGGAACAGCUCGAUGAGGCGGUUCGUCUCGCCGUGUCCCACCAGUUGGGCUCAACCGCACGAAACGCGCUCGACGAGGAAUUACGUCGUAGGAUCGACCGCGUUCGAUCGGCGACUUGUCCACGCAUGACGCGAGUGUCCCUACGUGUAGCUCGCUUCAAGCGAGCGUUUUCGAUUGCGCUACUCUACACUUCGGCGAUCUGUGCUGGAAUGUUCGUGACUGUAUUAUUCGGUCAUUUCGCUCUCGUCGUCGCGCUUGGACGAUUCGGUCGUUGGUGUUUUCGAGCCGUAAUGAAGCAAUUGGCGGCAAUGUCGGCGCAUGCUGAUGACGAGUGGGAAGUAGAGGGUGACGAAAGCGAUGAUGAGGAUGGCGGCAUCGCUUACUCGACGCCUCAACAAACUUCGGCGCGACGAAACUAUUCUAGAGCGUCGUUCCACUCGGGACGUCGCGUUGAAGCCGCGGCGGAUGACACUAGCAUGAUCACCGAAAGUCUUCUCGGUGAAGCGGAAAUAGACGAGGAAGGUAACAUAGACGUAGAUGAGAAAUCUCUCAUGCACCGACAGGCGGCUUUAUGCGAUUCCAUAGUAGUGCCGAAGAGUGCAAAGUUUGGUAUGCCGAUUCUGUAUGCGAUGACGUGCCUGUUGUUCUUGGCGUCGAACACGAGUGUGGGCGCUACGGUGACUGUUCGAGCCAUUAAACAUGAUUUGGGCUCCUUAGAUUCUGGUGCAGACAUCUACCUACCGGAGGUUUUCACAUUCUCUCUCGGAGACACCGUGUUGAACAUGUGGCGCGCGGGAGUGUACACGCUUGCGCUGCUCAUUCUCUUGUUCUCCGGUGUGUGGCCGUACGCCAAACUCGUUGCAAUGUGGAUUUCUUGGUCGACACCAGGGCUUGAUCUGCGUGCACGAGGACAAUUCUUAAAGAACCUGGACGCGUUUGGUAAAUGGUCGCUGCUCGACUCGUUCGUGCUGAUGCUCUUUAUGGUUUUGUUCCACUUUGAAGUGAGAACGCCCGAGGACGUCAGCGGCUACGGCGCGUUGACGGUUUCGGUGCAUCCACAGAGAGGUUUCUUCGUCUUUCUCCUCGCCACAGUUCUUUCCAUGAUUCUUGGACAUAUCACAACGGGUUAUCAUCAUCUCCACGAGCACCGCUACAUAUUUGGCGAAGCCGGGGCGCCGGACGAAGACGAAGAUAAUGAAGAGAGUGCGGAAAUCAUGUGGAUGCGCAUGCGCUACAGCGAGACAAAAAAAUGGAUCCUCGGCGUGGCGACCACGGUGCUUUUGAUAGGAACGAUGGUGGCAUUGGUGAUUGGAUUCAAAGCAAUCGCCAUCAGGUUCACAAUGCUUGGCGUUGCCGGUGCCGCGCUCGGUCCAGAUUCGUCGACACACACCAUGUCGUUACGAUCGGUCGCCGCGGAGGUGCGAAACGCAUCGCCCGACUUGCACGCAUCGCUUUCGAGACUGAUCGAGUGGACGAUGUUGAUCUUCGCAUUUACCAUGCCAUUGGUGCGUAUAACAACAAUGGUCAUUUUAUGGACUUUACCACUUACGUCGAAACAACGUCACGCAUUCCUGGUUUGCAAAGAAGUUGUCGACGCGUGGAGCGCCUUGGACGUGAUGCUCUUUUCAUUCGUGGCGGCGAUUUCACAAAUAAGACAGUUUCUCGCCUUCAUGCUCGGCGGGAACUGCGAUGCCUUGAAUCGCACGUUGCAACAGUUCGUCUCUGGUCCACUGUCACACGCCCAUGACCUUUGCUUCGACGUGGACUCGUCGUUGGGCGACGGAUGUUGGCUCCUCGCCGUGUGCGUGGUCGGCUCCUCGGCGUGCUCUAGAAUUCUCGACUAUGCCGCGGCGAUCGUGCGCGAAGAAGACGAAAAUGCUUAUCGUGUCGCGUCAUCAUUAGGCGCAGAUGACGUCGAUAACAAUGAUAGUUCACACUUCGAAACGCCUUUGUAAUUUAGAAACGCGCAAAAGCUUAAGGUAAA